AUGGCGGAGGCGCUCUGCGUCGUAUUGGUUCUGAUUCAGACAUUAGAACCCGCCGCAGUACGACGCGGAGAGAGGGUUUUCGUUCCGCGUUUUUUACUUUUCUGUGGGAGAGGACGCGGGGUGGCGAAGAAGAAGGAAACGACACGAUCUCUUACAAGGCUUGUAGCUCUCUUGGCAAUCUUCUAUAAUGGGAACACUUCGGCUGGACCUGGAAAGGAAUUUGGAUCUAUGAACAUGGAGGACCUUUUGAAAAGCAUUUGGACGGCUGAAGAGACGCAGGCCAUGUCUUCUUGUCCCGGCAGCGGAAAUGGGAUCGCCCCAGUUGGAAAUUUGCAGAGGCAAGGAUCUCUAUCCCUGCCACGUACACUAAGUCAGAAAACUGUUGAUGAAGUGUGGAGAGAUGUACUUAAAGAAACUGUUGGUGCAAAAGAUGGAAGUGCUGAUGGGGGAUCAAAUUUGGAAGUGAGGCAGCCGACUUUGGGUGAAAUGACAUUAGAAGAGUUCUUGGUAAGAGCAGGGGUUGUUCGAGAAGAUAUCCAGCCUUCAUGGCUAGCAAAUAACAAUGGAAUCUAUGGCGGUUUACCUGCAGCAAGUGGUUUCAACAAUGGUUCAACUAUAGGAUUUCAACAGCCAUCUCGGAACCAAGGUAUGUUGGGUAAUCAACAUGCAAAGAACAACAAUGUAGUUCAUAAUUUGCAGGCCUUGGAGAAGAAUAUGGGUGGUGUUAUAUCUCUUGAGCAACAACCUAGGCAGCCACAGCCUCUUUUACCCAAACAAACGGUAUUGUCAUCCCCCAUGCAACUUGGUAACAAUGGAAAGCUGGGUGGUGUUAUAUCUCUUGAGCAACAACCUAGGCAGCCACAGCCUCUUUUUCCCAAACAAACGUUCAAGGUGGAGCAGUGGCCAUGGGGACAUUACGCAAUGGGGGCUCGACAGUUGCAGGAAGGUGGUCGAGGAAGGAGAUCAUCUACUUCUUUGGAGAAAGUAGUGGAGAGAAGGCGUAAGAGAAUGAUGAAAAACAGAGAGUCUGCUGCAAGGUCACGGUCUCGGAAGCAGGCAUAUACCUUGGAAUUGGAAGCAGAAAUAGCAAAGCUCAGAGAAAUGAACCAAGAGUUUCGGAAAAAACAGGCAGAAUAUAUGGAGAUGCAGAAAAAUCAGAUAUCAGACGAAACAAUUCUGCCGCGGGCAUGUAAACGAAUAUGCUUGAGAAGGGCGCUGACGGGACCUUGUUUCGGCUCGGAGCCGCACCCGGAACUUCUGUUUAGGGGUCCUAGCCGACACACUCGACCCGUCGACCGGGGCUCCGAAUCCUUCGCUACCAACUCCAAGGUUAUGGAAGGACACAUUUCCCAACUCCACCCUCAUAUUCAAAUGGUUUUGAAUGGAGGAGGACAGGAGGCUGUGAAGAGGAACAGGAGUAGGAAUAAGCUUCUUCCUAGGGAGAGAAUUGAUCGCUUGAUUGAUCCCGGUUCUGCAUUUCUUGAGCUUUCUCAGCUUGCUGGCCAUGAAUUAUAUGAAGAGCCUUUGCCAUCUGGUGGAAUAAUUACUGGAGUUGGACCUGUGCAUGGAAAACUCUGUAUGUUUGUGGCAAAUGACCCCACUGUGAAGGGUGGAACAUAUUAUCCCAUCACUGUCAAAAAACAUCUAAGGGCGCAAGAGAUUGCAGCUAAAUGCAGACUGCCCUGCAUUGAUGCCUGCAGAAGGCAUUCCCCAAAUUGCGCUGGUACUUACAUACCAGCAAUGGCGGAUGAAAGUGUAAUGGUCCAAGGAAAUGGAACCAUAUUUCUUGCUGGACCUCCACUUGUAAAGGCUGCUACAGGAGAAGAGGUUUCUGCAGAAGACUUGGGGGGUGCAACCGUGCAUUCUAGGACUUCAGGUGUUUCAGACUACUUUGCCCAAGACGCACUUGCUAUAGGGAGGAAUAUAAUUAAGAAUUUGCACGUGGCCAGCGGUGCAAAUGAUCAUGUGGUAUCUGAUUUCAAAGAGCCGUUGUAUGAUGUGGAAGAACUUCGUUCUAUUGCACCAACAGACCUCAAGCAGUCGCUAGACAUCCGAUCUAUUAUUGCUCGCAUUGUAGAUGGAAGUGAAUUUGAUGAAUUCAAGAAAUUGUAUGGCACUACACUUGUAACAGGCUUUGCAAGAAUUCAUGGGCAACCUGUUGGGAUUCUUGGAAACAAUGGCAUAUUAUUUAAUGAAUCUGCUUUAAAAGGAGCUCACCUUAUCGAAUUGUGCACUCAACGCAACAUUCCCUUAAUCUUUCUCCAGAACAUCACUGGAUUUAUGAAUAUCUGCGAUGGGAGGAGCUCAGGCUGCCGGGUGCUGGCUCAGAUAGAAAGGGGCAACCGGAAGAAGGCUGGAAUUCAGUGGAGCAAGGAGGAAGAAAAUUUCCGGGACAGUGUUGUGGAGGCAUAUGAUCGAGAAUGCAGUGCAUAUUAUUCCACAGUCAGGCUUUGGGACGAUGGCCUCAUUGAUCCAGCUGAUACAAGAAAAAUCGUGGGCCUUUGCAUUGCUGCAUCCAUGAACCGCAAGCCAGAGAGUACAAAAUAUGGUGUUUUCAGAAUGUAA